ACCACACAACACGCACACACAUACACCCAUUCUCUCCAUUUCUCUUCUCUUGUAUAUAAACCCUUCCUCCCCCCUCCUUUACCCUCAGCUUGCAGUUCCUUUUUUUAGCGAACUUCAAGCAUAACAAUAACACAUUAAAAAAAAAAAAGACACCCAAAAAAAAAAGAAAACAUUUUCAUUCACAUUCUCCAAUUUUUCCUCUUAGUAAUAACUCUUGUUUAAAACAAUUUUAAAAAAACAAAACCAAAAAUGCAGGCGUUAUCUCCGUCACCAACUACCACCACACCAAACCCACUCCGAACUCGGCAAACAAACACCACCAAACUCACCUUCCACCCGAGUCAACUCACUAUCCGAUGUUCCUCCACCUUCCCUCGAAACGGUGCCGUUUCAGGCUCACGUGCCGAUUGGCAAAGCACGUGCGCCAUCCUCUCUUCCAAAGUAAUCUCCUCUCAAGAAAACCCAAACUCAGAUUCAUAUCCAAAUUCCACCACCGUAAACGGUCAUAAAACCCUAAGUCUCCUCCCAAUCUCCACCACAUCAACCACCACAACAACGACACCAACCACCACAAACAACAACAAUCUCCCUAAACCACUUUCUCUCUCCACCGAUCUCUCACCUGCUCCGAUGCACGGCUCCACUCUUCGCGUAGCCUAUCAAGGUGUACCUGGUGCUUAUUCCGAAGCAGCUGCGGGUAAAGCCUACCCUGGAUGCGAAGCAAUUCCAUGUGAUCAAUUUGAAGUUGCUUUUCAAGCUGUUGAACUUUGGAUUGCUGAUAGAGCUGUUUUACCUGUUGAGAAUUCUUUAGGUGGUUCUAUUCAUAGGAAUUAUGAUCUUUUACUUCGUCAUCGACUUCAUAUUGUUGGAGAAGUUCAAUUACCUGUUCAUCAUUGUUUGCUUGCUUUGCCUGGUGUUAGAAAAGAAUAUUUAUCUCGUGUUAUUUCUCAUCCUCAAGCUUUGGCUCAGUGUGAACAUACCUUAACUAAGUUGGGAUUGAAUGUUACUAGAGAAGCUGUUGAUGAUACUGCUGGUGCUGCUGAAUAUGUUGCUACUAAUGGUUUGAGGGAUACUGCUGCUAUUGCUUCCUCACGCGCCGCUGAUUUGUAUGGCUUACAGAUAUUGGCAGAUGGAAUACAAGAUGACUCCGGAAAUGUGACCCGGUUCGUUAUGUUAGCCCGGGAGCCAAUUAUUCCUCGGACCGACCGGCCUUUCAAGACAAGCAUUGUAUUUGCAACCCAUGACAAUGGGGAAGGCAAGGGAACCUCAUCCUUGUUUAAGGUUCUCUCCGCAUUUGCCUUCAGGAACAUUAGCCUUACAAAGAUCGAGAGCCGCCCCCAUCGCCACCGGCCUAUUAGGCUCGUCGAUGAUGCCAAUGUGGGUACCGCUAAGCAUUUUGAGUACAUGUUUUACGUCGACUUUGAGGCUUCUAUGGCUGAGCCUAGAGCUCAAAAUGCACUUGCUGAAGUUCAAGAGUUUACAUCUUUCUUAAGGGUUUUGGGAAGCUAUCCCAUGGACAUGUCGCCUUGGUCCCCGUCACGUUCCGAAGAUCAAUAACAAUUUUUUUUUUACAAAACAAAUAAUUAGUGUUUUCAUGUUCAUAUUUUUUCAUCCACCACAAGAUGGGAGAGGAUGGGAGAAUUAUGUAAGAAAAGAGAGAAAAUGUUUCUUUUGUUAAUUUUGUCCUUUGAAAGACAACAUGAUUUAUUUAUUUAGAUAUAAAUAGAUUAUUAGAAUUGUUGAUAUUUUAUUUUUAAGAUUAUUUAAAUUCCUUAAGGAUGGAAAAAGAAAGGAGGUCGAUUAGUGGUGGUCCUGUUGGACCAGCUGAGGUGAUAUAUGAUGGUGGAAAAUGGUUGGUGAGAAAUGUAUAUGUAGAAAUGAUAGUGAUUAUGAUCACGAUGUAUCACGUUCUUUUCAAAAAAUUGUUUAUUACUCUUUUUAUCAAAGUAUCAAAUCUGUGAAUAUA